AUGCGUCUUCUCUCAAUUCUCGCGCUUGUAUCUUCCACUGUCAUCGGACAGGCUGUCGCACACGGCUACGUUCCCCUUUUGAGAAUAAAUGGAAAAGACAUACCUGGGUGGGAUGUCACCAAAGAUCCAUAUACUACUCCUCAGCCCUUGAGAGUUGUCCGGGGCACCAAGCUCGAUAGUGGUUUCAUCACAAACGUCACAUCUCGCGACAUCACCUGCUCCAUUGGCAAUCAGAAACUUCCACCCGGACCUAUUCAGGCAAAUAUAUCGGCAGGCGGGACGGUUCAAGUGCUAUGGAACACUUGGCCCCUUGGACAUUACGGUCCUGUAUUGAACUACAUGGCUAAGUGUCCAACGAACGACUGCUCAACGUUCAAAGGAGAUACCGGAUCUCCAUGGUUUAAGAUCCAACAAGACGUCUAUUCUAAUGGUAUAUGGGCAUCCGAUAUUUUGGCCAAGAAUAAUUAUACGUACAGUGUUAGGAUCCCAAAUAAUAUUUCUUCAGGCAGCUAUCUCCUCCGUCACGAGAAUCUAGCUUUGCAUGCAGCAUCGAGUCAAGGAGGCCCUCAAUUCUAUCCCGUUUGCAUACAACUUACAGUUACCGAUGGAAGAAGCCUUAACCCAUCCGGGUUAAACUUCCCUGGUGCAUACAAGGCAACUGACCCUGGUAUUCUGUUUAAUGUCUACCGUAGGGAUGCCGCUAACCAGGAAAGCAUAUGUUCACCAGGGGGACCGGUUUACGCCGGCUUAACGUGA